AUGGCUUUGACGGCGGAGCGCCCGCUUACACCGACAGUGACGACGACGACGACGACGACGACAAGGCUGCCGGGCCGCACAGCCAAGGCCGAGCCGGCGUCUGAGCCAGAGCUGCACUCCAAGUUCGCGCUGCUGCCGGCGGAGCUACGCCUCAAGAUAUGGGCCUGCGCAACGGAACCCCGCGUGGUGAUUCUCGACGACCUCGUGCACCGGGCGGGGGCGUAUCCGCUGCCGGCCGUGACGCAGCUCAAUGCCGAGGCGCGGGCCGAGUCACGGCACGGGUACGAGCCGGCCGGCCGGGGCUCGCACGUGGACUUUUCGCGCGACAUCAUCGUCUGCGAUGCGAGCAUCUCAGACCAUAAGGAAGGCAGGGCGCGGGCCCUCGAGGCGCUGGCCCCGCGCGUGCGUCGGCUGGCCUUUUGGGACUGCUUCCCGGAUGACGGGCGCGUCGACGGGCUGCCUCUGUACUCGGCGUACCUGGCGGCGUGCUACAACAACAACAACAACAACAGCGACAGCAACAACAAUCACAGCCCGCAAUUUUCACUCCAGCAGCACAUGGGUCAAGGGCAGGCGGAGCAUGGGGAGGACGGAUCCCAGGCCGGGGCCGUCGUUGGCCGGGUUGCCUUCGAUCGGCUGUGGUUCCCUAACCUCGAGGACCUGUGGAUCGUCAAGGUCGGCGAGGUGGACCGCUCGUGGGAGCUGGGGCCGGUGGCCAUCGACAGGAGCGUGCCGGCGGAGGUGAGGGCGCGCAGGACGGCGCGCCAAUUCCGCUACUGGGUGGACGAUGGAGUGGUGGAGAUGGCGAGCCUGGACUUGGACGAGCCCGAGACCAAGGCGGUACUGCGCCACGGACGGUGCGGCAAGCCCGACUGCCGGGAGCUGAACCGGGGCCGACCGACCAUGGUGUCUAAAGUGGUGUUUGUGGAUGGGCGAUACGGGGACGGUGGCGGCGGCGGCGGGGGGGAGAGGCCAAGGGGGAUGGGGUGGCAUCAGCAUCCGGGGGCGCAGGCAGAGCGUUGGCCGCCGCCAGCAUCAGCAUCAUCAUCUUGUUCUUCUUCAGCAUCAGCACCAGCAUCUCCAUCAGCGGCAUCAGACUCAGCAGCAUGGGCACAAGGACAGGCGAACGGGGACGACUGGAGGCGCAUACGGCCAUGGUCGACGUCGGAAGACCCAGACCCGGGCAAGGGCGGGCACAAGGACACAGCGGAGAACAGGAUGCGGUGGAUCAUCGUGGAGCGAAUACUGACGUUUUCACUGCGGUGGGAGGGUUUCGGCGACGUCGAGGACGGGGCAUCGGCGUCGGCGCCGGGAAAUGGACCGGCGGCGACGACGCCUCGGCGAAGGCAGUGGCGGCAACGUCGGGGACGAGGCGUGUCGAACGGGGCGGCGCCGUAG